CGGAAGUUUACAUUUUAUUCUUUUAUUUGGAAGUUCUCAAGACUUUUAGAUCCUGCGGCUCUUAAACAGUCUAAAACAAUUUUAAUUAACGCAAACAUGACGUCUCCUGUUUCCGACGCUGUGUUUUUGACAAACGAAGUCUACAGCAGGCUUAAAGCCCCACCGAAAUGGGACUUUAAUGCUUGGUUGUAUGCGGAUGCGAUUCAGAUUUGGCGAGAGUCGCCCAGCGGGAUUCCGUUACAGAAAGCUCUUGAAAGAGCUAUGGAACAGGAUCUGGGCCCAGAGAGUGAAGAAGAGAGUCUCCUCACUCGGAAUUUUCAUCCUGAUACUGCGGAACACCAGAAAGAUCACUUCUGUAGCUUCGCGCACCGUAUGUUGGAAGCACGUGCACACCUACAGCAGCUGCAGCGUGAUACGCUCGCCGCGGGCCGUUUCUUCACGAAGGAAGAGGCAGAGAAGUUUGCCCAAGCAAUUCACACCUUGGACACCAUGCAGCGCGGUGCGGACAUGUUUGCGGACGACCGCAUCCGAAUCUUACUUAAGAAGAAGCUGGAACGCCAGCAGGAGAUUUUGGAUGCUAUGAAGCAGACCGCAGAAGAACAAGAGCAGGCUGAAAUAGCCACGAUCAGCAAACCCUCACCGGAAAUGGCACAACAGCAGAUGAUCCACGCUGCUGCUACGGUGCGGUAUUGGCAAGUACAUUUGCGUUGGGCAGCGAAGAGAGCUGCAGUCCGCAAGGCAUACAAGAAUUGCCCCAAGGAACCGAAACAGACGAAGGCACCGGAACUUGAAUCAGCUGAGCCAGUGGUGCAGGCGAUGCAACUGAAGCCACACGCUGAAGUAGCUCCAGCUGCACAACAACUUCCGCCGAAACCAAGGAAAGUCAAGAAGUUGCACGCCCGUCCCGUCAGCUUGUACAAAAACGCUGAGGAAGUGGAUGCAGCAGUAGCAGUUAUUCUGAAGCAGCCGGAGGAGAAACAGGAUCGUAAACAGCUGCGUUGGCUUAUGAAGCAGUAUGUUCGCUUGGCUGACAAGUGA